AUGAAAGCUGAUCGGUUGCCCGGAAGAACGAGUCGGCAACGGAAAGCUGGUCAGUGCCGAAACAAGAGUGAUAUCGAAGACGAUGGCUGGUCAGGGCCGCGCAGAAGCGUUAUCGACGACGGUAGCUUGUCGGUUGCCGGACAGAGCGUGGUAUCGAACAGAAGCUGGAUUUGUUGCCGCCUUGCCAUCUUCUUCAACGAUUCGGGCGAAUCGUCGGAGAUGUUCCAACUGGAGGUCACGUGUUCACCAUGCUCUGAACGCGAUCUCGUCGACACUGGUACACAUGCGUGCGUUAAGGCCGUGCGCACGAUAUUUCAAGACGACCAUCGAUUCUGGUUUGGCCAAGAUUACAGAAUAAAAUGCCCAGAUGAUACAGCUAGGACACAGAUCACUUGUUACAACCCACUAAGCAAUAAUACAGACAGUUUGAACACUCGCCUUUUUGAGCCAGGAAAGUUCAACAGCACGCAAUUGAACGGAUAUAUAAGAGUCCAGUAUUAUUCACCUCCUGGAAGUUACGAGGCUUGCGGUGAUUUUGUGCAAGUUGAAGAUAAUGUCAGUUUUACCCUUGACCCAACAACUGACAACAUCUUAACACCUUGGCAGACUCGAAAGCGACCUCUUAUUAACUGGGUAUUGCCAGAUAAACUGAGCCAAACUUCAUACACACUCAUGUUUGUCGACGCAGGACUUGGUAAAGUCCUUGCUCUUUUUACGAACAUUCAAAGAAGUGAACUCGGGAAUAUGACGGAGGUGAUUCCAUACCAAAGUCCUGUGAACUUCCGUUCCAUACCGAAUCCGUAUGUCUUUAUGUUAUUCGAACAGACCGAAUUAGACAUCAAAAUUUCAAGAAGAUGGCAGGAGACAUUUAAGUGGCCAUUGUACCGCUUCGUGCAAGAUUUUACUAGUGACCACAAUCUCAAAGGUCCGGUAGCUGUGACUUGGGUUCUAGUCUCUUCGGAUCUUUACGCCACAGAAAAGAACCGGAUAUCUGGAUGGUUUGACAACUGUCCACACUAUAUUGCUAACGCUAUUCAACAACACCGGCGUCCGUUUGUCCCACCAAAUCUGUCUCUCACAAUUGGCGUUUAUAUUUCCUUCAGCAGCAACAGUCUUGUGUAUCAUUCUUGUUGCAGGAAGCACAAAGCCAAAGCAACAACUAUCAAACUGAAUCCGCUGGGUGACGGAACAGUAAAGGCUGUCGAGACACGGACAGACUCCACCCCUCACGUCACACUAACAUUUUCAGCAUUUUACAAAGACCAAAAGAAACAAUCUUCUCGUAAUUUAUACACUUUGUUAAUGGUUGAUCCAGAUAUACCAGUCAUCUUCAGCAACCUCGGAAACUCAAACCAGCCAUUAGUCCACUGGAUGGUAGUGAAUAUUCUUGAUGGUAACGUUUCACUUGGUGAAGAGCUCCACUCUUACAUGGGCCCACUUCCGCCAGAUGACAAUCCACAUUAUUACUACUAUUUUCUUUUCUUGCAACCAUGGAAACUUAGUCUCAGUAACACAGAAGGUUUUUAUUCUGACUGUGGGGAAGCAUUAAAAGGAAGAUGUCUGUUCCGAUUAAAAGCUUUUGUGCAGAAGUAUCAUCUAGUGUUUGCAGGAGCCACUUGGAUGGUGAGCAAUAAUGAUGAAUAUGUUCAAGGCGUUUACCUGAGGCAAGGUUCUUCUCCAGACGAAUCUCUUCAUUAUCUAUCUAUCUAUCUAUCUAUCACUUCGAUAACUUCAUAG